AUGAAGUCGUGUUUGGAAGCAUUGGCAACAGAAAUAAUAUUUGAAAUCUUUGAUUGUUUGAAUCCAUGGCAUAUACUCUACGGCUUCAUUGGAAUAAAUCGCUAUUUUGAUCGAAUUGUUCGUUCAUAUCCAUUAAAACUCGAUUUUCAGCAAAUAUCUCGAUCAAAAUUUGAUUUUAUUUGUCAAAAUGUUCAACCAAAACAAGUUUAUCAUCUUCUAUUAUCAGAAAAAUUCAUGCCGGAUCAAAUACGACUCCUUCUCAAUCAUUUUCCACGAUUUCAAAAAGAAUUUCUUAACCUAAGAUCAAUCAAAUUUCUUUCUAUGAAAACCUUUCGCAUGGAUUUACCAGACAAUACUUCAUCAUUAACAUUUAAACAAAAUUUUCCAAAAGAAAACUCCGAUUCUAUUACAAAGGAAGUUAUUUAUCAUCAAGCUAAUUGCCUAACCUAUCUUAAUGUCGAUUCUGUUGAUGCAAUACCCAUUAACAACGUUUAUUUUAAUGUAUUGACACAUUUGAUCAUCAAUGACGAUUGUUUGUUUUCUCAGUUUGAACAAAUAUCUCACUGUAUUCAAAUUUCAUCACUCAUUCAUUUAAAAAUUUCUAUUUAUGAUGGAGGCAUGCCUUUUUUACCCAAACUGAAACUAGUAUGUCAAAAUCUAGUCUCAUUGUCCCAUCUCGACAUAAUUCUACGUACAACAUUGUCAUUUGAUUUCUUAGAAGAGUGUUUAAUUAAGUUGGUGAAAUUGAAAUAUUUGACAAUCCAAGCAUGGGGACAUCCUGAUCUUAUUGAUGGUACUCGAUGGGAAGAGUUUCUUCGACGAACACGUAUUGAACAAUUUAAUUUCCAAUUGUCUUUGUAUACAUCGUCAUCGUUAUUACAACAGGAACAGUUAGCAGCACUCGAACGGUUUCGAUCAUCAUUUUGGCUGGAAGAAAAACAUUGGUAUGUCGCUUGUAAGCACGUUCCUUACGAAGAACAGUUCAGAAUAUAUUCAUUACCUUAUUUCCUUCCAAAUGAAAUUGAUGAGUUACAAGGACAAAACGCGUAUCCACCAUUAUCAACCGUGCCAAUCAAUCUCCAGAAUCAAUUCUUUUUUCAAACUACAAUCGAUUCUUAUAAAUAUAUUCCCGAAGAAAGAAGAACAUUACCAAUGUAUCGUUUCACUAAAGUUCAAUUGUUAGAAAUUUGGUGGCGUCCAUAUGCGCCUGUCACAUGUCAAGAUUUUAUCAACACUCUUACGUCCUCCAUUGAUCUUAAUCAAAUUAAGACACUUGAUUUUGCAUAUACUGUUGGUCCAGGAAUCGGCUAUUUACAAUUAUUACUCGCACAUAUACCCCAAUUAAAUCACUUGAUUACGAAUGUAUUCGAUACAUCAUUGAGUUUGCCUAAACAUAUAUAUUCUUUGACAUUACAUAAAUUGAAACCUGCUUAUUAUGAAGAAUCGUUUUUUCCCAUUGAUGUUGAAAAUGUUGAUGAAUUUUCUCAAAUGUUAAUGCAUGUUCAAAAUUUGACUGUUCCAGUCGACAGUGAAGAAAUGAUGAUUCAGAUUAUCGAUAAGUUUCAACACUUGCAAACUGUUAUAUUUCAAUGUGAUCACAGUCUUCUAUCCAAUAUUUCUUCUGAAUGGUUUCAAACAAAUACUCAUCGUCUGAGUCAACGUCAUUCAAACACUUAUACUACAACACAAAGACUGAAAAUGAAUGAUCCGGCACCGACGGAAUCUCAAUCAUUUACUUUUCGCUCAAACAAUAGACAAAAAUUUACCAGUGAUGAUGAUGAUCAAUUCAGCUUAAUUAAUCCUACACUGAAUAAUAUUCAGUUCACAUGUCAAAUAAGAUUGGCAUUAAUGUUUUUGUAUUUUUGCGUGGGUAUCAUUAUUUUUAUUUUUCUGGUAUGGUGUAGCCAAAUCGACUCUAAAACUUCUGUGCACUUAACAACAUCAAAACCAGUUUCUUCUGACCCACUACGCAAGUCGCCUGUUCAUACUGUCAUGGAAGAGCCGUUCGUACCAAAUAUAUCAUUAGAUGCACUAUCAGAAUCAUCAAUAGUGUCUACUGAUGCUCCACUUCAAAAUGAAAUUGAAUAUUCCGAAAGUUCUUAUUCGACUUCUUGGCAGCCACAGUAUUUGGAAGAACAGACUAAGAUGAUCAAUUAUGAAGCAUUCAGUGAUCCGAUAAUCAAUGCAGUAUAUGUUUGUGAUACACUGUCUAAUCAAUAUAAAAGAACAAAACCAAUAGCUUCGACUUUUACGAUGGUGAAUCAAACAGAAGGAGUAUUCUCUUACGAAACAUAUAUGUCCUACAUUCUUUCAUGGGAUCCUGUUUGGCUUAAUGAAUCCCGUCUGAAACCUGGUGUUUUGUAUAAAGAUUAUUGUACAGAUAAUCGCUCAGCAACUUCAGUAAAGCAACGAUAUACAUCGUUCAGUGAUUAUGAAUCAGCACAUUUACCUUGUCUUCUUGAAGAAACAUGGCAAAAUGUAAAACAAGACAUUCACGAGCGUUUAGAACAAAAUAAAGGUAAACCACCAACGAUAUGUCAAGCAUACAUAGUUCGAACAGAAGUAAAACGAAAAAUUGGUUUGAUGGAAUUACAUUGUCAAAUUCUUACAGUGGAUGAUGAUCCCAUGCAGCCAAGAUACGAUGAUCUUCUACUCAUCACGGCUUCCCGUGACCAACAAUUCUUUGGCAUACUACAGAAACAAAAGCUUGUUUCUAAUCGUAAAUUCAUUCAUCCAAUGUUAGCUUUUGAUCCUCGUUUGAAUACUAGACCAUCAGAAAUAGUUUGUAUUGAACUAACAAUCGGCAUUGUUUUGAAGCGUUCGCCGCUAAUUACUGGUUCGUGUAUUCAUGUGCAGGUGAUGGCAUCGCUUGUUUCGAAUCUGCGUCGGUUCCGAGCUUUGUCUUUGCUUCCUUCGUUACCUUUGGUGUCAGAGCUUCUCUCUCCUUCAGUCGACGAUAUGAUCUUCCGAGUAAACUUACCACAUCUACCACAGAUCGAUAUGGAAAACAUUGGGGCAAAGAAUGCAGCUCAGUACCAAGUGAUAAAUGAGGCUGUAUCUAUCGUUUGCCGACCACGACGGAAUUCAUCUCGUGUCUACGUCGUACAAGGACCUCCUGGCACAGGCAAAUCUCACACCAUUGUUAAUGUUGUAAAAUCGAUAAAUCAACAAUGGAAUUUGAUGAGAAAGCGGAAGAAACUGCGUAUUCUUGUAUGCACUCCUUCGAAUGGUGCAUGUGAUGACCUUACACAAAGACUCGCCAAAAUAGAUGAUCUCAUCGUAGCUCGUGCUGGUCAUAAUGAAUAUACAGACACCUCUUGCGUGUCUUUGUUCAAAUCAACGAUGCUCGAAGAAAUCAUUGAACAACUUUCACCACUCGAAUUCUAUUCGUCGACAAAUACAUGUCCAAGAGAGUUAAAUUUACUGAAACAAAGAGAUUUAGAAGAAGCGAAUGUGGUUGUCUCAACGUUAAACUACGUUGGAAACUCAAUUUUUGAUCCAUUUUCUUGCGAUAAAAGUCAGACUCUAUGUUUCGACUGUUUAAUUAUUGAUGAAGUGGGCCAGUCUCUCGAAAUCGACACAUUUAUUCCUUUACGUCUGCUCAUCAGAUGUGUGUUGCUUUUUGGUGAUCCCGAACAAUUGCCGCCCACUGUUCUAUCGCGCAAUGCACAAAGUGCCAAUUUCAAUCAAUCACUUAUCGAACGUCUCUAUUCCAUCUUCAGAUCUACCGGUUUGAUACGUAUGUUAAACAUUCAAUAUCGAAUGGCGGAGCCAAUAUGUCAAUUUCCUUCGAGACAUAUUUACAAUGGACAGCUUUUGACUGAUGAAUUGGUACAAGAGGAGCGUGCUCUUUUUCGUUUAAAACCUUAUGGUUUCAUUAAUGUCGCAGAAAGCCGGGACGAACUCGAUCCCAUCUCUCAGUCUUACUUUAACCAAGAAGAAGCUCAGUGUAUUGCUGACCUUAUUCACUACUUGACACAACGAGGUUUGAUAGAACUGUCAUCCAUUAGUAUAAUUACUCCAUAUCGAGCACAGUUAGCACUAAUUUCAAAGCAAGUUGGUUCCUGUCUAGACAUCGGGACAGUUGAUGGAUUUCAAGGACGAGAAAAAGAUAUCAUUUUGAUUUCCACUGUUCGCACUUGUGGUGACAAAUGUGGACAACAAAGUAUUGGAUUCGUAGCUGAUCGACGUCGACUCAAUGUAGCAGUGACUCGAGGCAAAUAUGCUGUGUACAUCAUCGGACAUGCGAAAUCAUUAAAUGUCAAUAAAGACUGGCGUUCGCUCAUUCGCAAUGCAAGACGGCGUCGAUGCAUCCUUAACUAUAAAAAAUAUGAGGAUUUUGAUUGGCUAUACCGAUUAUAG